AGAAGUUUGAAGUGAUGACGGACACUUUAAAACAAUAAUAGCGUGCGUUAAUAUGUAAAAUGUGGGCUCUAAUCGCGCCCGUAGUUGUGUUCUCGCGAGGAUUGUUUCCCGGAAGUGAAGGUGAACACACGACACAGAAUCCAGUAACAAGCUUCCGUCGUAGAAAGUCUGGGAAUUUACUCGUCGAGCGCAACGCUGCAAGUACCCCUACACGCCGUCGUCUGGGCCGAGCUGACACGAUGGCUUUUUGACUUUUGCAAGACGUUUUAGCCCGAGAAGACGCCGUGCUUUGCUUUGGCAACGCACUCCCAAGCUCUCUAAACUAUUUCUCUGCAAGAAUGGAGUUUCACUAUGCCCACCCAGCUCUGCUCUCUGAGGCCCAGCUGUCCGACCCCGACUGCCCCCAGCACAUGCUCCGACUUGGACUGAACCGAAGCGCCGAUGGACAGAAUGAUGAUGGUGACACAGGCUCCUGUUUGGAAGACGCUUCGUGCGUGCCAGGGAGACCCCCUCGCUCUCUCUCACCCACAGGCUAACCACAGCCAAUCACAGGGGUGCAGGGGGGAGGUGUCAGAGGGGAGUCAGCACUUAAUUGGUGAUGUUCUCACCGACUGGAUGACGGAAGAAGUGGAUUUCUCCUCGUACCUCCCAAACCCUCCCUCCCCUCCUACAUCCACCAAUGCCUCCCUUCCCCCGUCACCCCUUCACAAUGAUAUCCAUGUGCCCUCUGACUUAGAGGUUAUGACCUCUCUGCUGCAAGAGGAACUCGCCCAACUGGAAGACUACUUCCUAUCGGAGCCACUACCGGAGAAAGGUCCGAGGCUGGGGAAAUGCGACCGGGGACCUCCGCUGACGGUUCCUCAACCGUUCGGACAACUUCCCUACACAUCGUACUCCACACCCAGCCAAUCGGAAUCCAGCCCAUUUCUUCUCACCUUGGCAAGCGGAGAACUGGACUUGCUUGGCGUGUGCGGUGGGCCUGUUGUCCGAUCAAAAAUUCCCAGGCACACCCCGUAUAGCUGCGGCCGCCCCAGCCCGUGCGUUAGGAAAAGAAUCCCAGACACGGUGAGGUUAAGUGACAGUUAUGACAACAGUUCAAGUUCCAAAGCAAGCAACUCAGGUAACUCGGCACUCACUUAUUGCUGCGUGGAAGAGGAGCAGUUAAUCGGGAAAGGCUACUGUCUGGGCAGUGCGGCCGAGCUCCGAAAAUGCGCCACUCUAGCGAAAGAAGAGAAGAACUGCUGCUUCAGUCACAACGCCGUUGGCAACGCAAAGGUCGCCGCUGCCGCUGGUGGAUUCCAUUUUGGCGCAUCACUUGACGACACGCCAAAGAAGGAAGAUCUGUUGAUGUAUAGCAUGAGAGAAGUGAGUGCCGGCACUGGCAACAGCGAGGUGCUCGCCAGCAUCAAAACCGGUGUGGAGGUGGCAAAAGCCACAGUUUCCUGGAAAGCCCAGAGCAGCGAAAGUUGUUAUCUUUCGGGAGCACCCCAGUCCGAGACCUAUCACAGCUUCUUCACCGAACAGGUCAAAGCAGAAAAUCUGCAGAUUGGGCAGCAUGACUUGCACUGUAAUUUCCUGGAGGAACCGGGCCCAGAAUGUCUUCUGAUGGCGAGGGACAGUCUGAGCUUAGAAUCUUGCAGGCUGAGGGAAGACCACUGUGCUGUGAAAUAUCAAUUUGAUGUCAUUCCCGCAGAAGGUGGAGGGGAGCGCAAACAGAAGAAGCGAGAUCAGAACAAAACAGCUGCUCACAGGUAUCGGCAAAGAAAAAGGGCAGAAUUAGAUUCUUUGGAAGAACAGCUGCAUUGCUUGGAAGGGAGGAACCGUGAGCUGCGGGACAAGGCAGAGUCUGUAGAGCGUGAAAUCCAGUACGUCAAAGACCUCUUGAUCGAAGUUUACAAGGCCAGAAGCCAAAGGCUAAAGCAGGACACAGGAUAAUACCAAAGUCCAGCCAAGAAGUCAGCACAGGGAAGUUGUGGAGCUUUCAGUGUCAUUUUGAUUGUACAGGAUAUCAUUUUGCUCUUCUUUUAUUUCAUGCUGAAUGUGUGUGUUAGUAAUGAGAAAAAAAAGGCAAUAGAAGUGAUAUUGCCGACACACACGCGCCACCGCUUGAGGCCAGCAAUGCUCCGAUGACAAUCAUUUUCAUGCUGUUACUCGACUUGUUUAAAAAGAAAACAACAUUGAUUAUGCGGGUUUAAGAUUUUACCAGCCUUACAUUAAAAUUGAUGUCAACAGUGAAUCUUUUUUUUCCCCUCAAUUUUCUUUUUAGCCAUUUUCUGUAGAAAAGCCAAAUGCCUCAAUUUAUUCAUUCAAACUUAAAAAAAUGUUUCUACUGCUCUCUUUUCAAUUGUAUGUGACUUCUUUGCAAUAUUUUAAACUACAGCAAUUGUUUUGGAAUAGAAAUUUACCUCAUUAAAAAAAGUCAUCUACUUUUUUUCAAAUGUUUAAUUAUUAAUAAAUUAAUACAUUGUAUUAUAUUACAGUGUUUAAUUCACAACAAUAUUAUAAGUUAGAGAGCACUUCUUGACUUGAGCUUUAAGGAAGGACUCCUAAAUAAUAUUUUAUUGUUAUGAGUUGGAUUUUCAUUUUUGUAGUUUUAUGAUUACUCGUAUUUUGAACCCGUUUUGGUAUGACAUUGCCUCCCAACCAGUCAUAUGACAAAUUAUACAAUAUAUUCAUGCAGCUCAGGAUUUACAAUUUGCUCUCCAAUAAAUCUUCUUAGUGACAGAAGAGGAAAAUAUUCUUAAAAAAAAAAAAAAAAAAAAGUCUUCCAUUUAACCUGGGAAAUAUUCCACAUAAGCAUUCUAUUGUAAAUACAUUUCUGCUGCAUCUUUUUGAAGGAUAAAUUUAAAAAAAGGUCAAUUUUGGGAUGAAUCAGGAUUAUUAUCAACGCAAUAUGUCUCAUGCGCCUCAGGCUAAUCUGCACUAAUUUAUACAAACUUUUAUAUUUUAAGUGAAUAGAGUGUAAUAGUCCUCACUUAAUAGCAAAUUAAAUGAGAAAAGCCUCAUUCGAUAGUUUGUUAACAAUGAGCCAGCAUGCAUAAGUUUGAUUCCCACUGCUUGCAGAAUCGAUUCUUAGUGGGCAUCUCUUCCUAUGCAUUUAUUUGAAGACAAUCUUGAAUAGAAGAUUGAAAAUUAUUUCGUCAAUUUAGAGGACACAAAAUCCCAUGAAUUUGUCUCCUCGCUGUGUACGAUCAAGUCAAGUUGUGUCAAUACUGGACCAAAAAUGUUCUCAUUUAAAUUCCAUUUCACUGCCAAAUCAGUCUAGUUGUUAAUCAUGUAAUUUUUUUUUUUUCUGUUGAAAAUAAAAGUGUG